CCGUCGAUGGGUUUGACUAAAAGCACAAGCGCCCACAUACAGUACCCGCUCUCUCCGACUCACUUUCCACCAAGCGCUGCAAAAUGGCGGCCGCUUCAUCCAUCCAGCCGCCGAGCGUGCACGCGAUAAAGCGGGAAAAUUCACCUCACCCCGAGUCCGACAGCCCCGCGAGCCGUCAGGAGGAGGACGCAGCAUCCGAUGGGACCACCAUCCUCAGAGAUCUCCCCGAACUAGAUCCCGAUGAGAUCGAGAGACGGUUGGAGAAAACUCGCAGAGAGCUGAGCAACAGGAGGAAGAUUCUUAUUAAGAACCUGCCACAGGAUAUCACUAACCAGGAGGUCCAUGAAAUUCUGCAUGAGUAUGAGCUCAAAUACUGUUUUGUGGACCGGAACAAAGGAACAGCCUUCGUAACCCUUCUAAAUGGUGACCAGGCACAGGAUGCCAUCCGAACUCUGCACCAGACGUCAAUCCGCGGCCGUGACAUCACCGUCCAGCUGCAGCCCACAGACUCACUCCUGUGUGUCACCAACCUGCCCUACACAGUCACUGCCGCCCAGUUUCAGGAGUUGGUGCGUUCCUAUGGCAACAUUGAGCGCUGUUUCCUGGUUUACAGCGACCUUACAGGUCACUCUAAAGGUUAUGGCUUUGUAGAGUACAUGAAGAAGGACUCGGCCUCCAGGGCACGCUCAGAACUCUUGAGGAAACCGCUGGGCGACCGAGCACUCAUGGUGCAAUGGGCUGAUGUCAACCAGCUGACCUCUGCUGACCAUCUCCACUCAAAGUGCCUAUGUGUGGACCGCCUGCCGCUAGACUUCGAAGACUCAGAGGAACUGGCUCACAUUUUUUCAGAGCACUACAAACCAGUCUUCUGUCAGCUGGCACAGGAUGAGGGCAGUCCAGUGCGGGGUUUCGCUGUGGUGGAGUAUAAGACGGCGGAACAAGCUGAAGCUGUUCUGCUGGAGAUGGACAGACAGCUGAUCCAGGGUCAAGAGAUACGCCUCAGUCUCUGUCCUCCAGGAACGUCUGGGCGCAGCACCCUUGCUGCCCUUAUCGCGGCUCAGGGCGUGAUGUUGAGCCAUAAGAAAGGUUUGCUACCUGAACCCAAUCUGGCCCAGCUUCUCAACAGCAUGACCAAUCCAGCUGCUCUCCAUGUCCUUACGAGACCCUACCCAACUGGCAAACGAGGAGGAAAGUUUGGUCAACCUCACAAUCUCCCCUUCCUGCGUCCACCUCUGACUACAGCACUACUACAGUUGGGAAAAGCACAGCAGAAUACCAUUCUGGGAAAUGGGUUUGUUCUCCAGAAUCUUCUCCACAUGCAGAUGGCCCAACAGCAGCUCUUACACAUCAAAGACAAGCAUGUCCAGGGUCUUUUAGGCGACCCCUCUCGGCUGCUCCUCCAGAAAGUUUUGGGUCUUCGAGCUCCAGCACCGGUUCCUCUGGGGAAAGGCUUGCUGGGAGAUUCCCCCACAGAGUUGGGCCAGGACUCUUCUCCGGUCAUGUCCCAGGGAGGAAGCUCUGGGGCUGGAAUAGUGUCACAUUUACCUGGGCGUUCACACAUAAGCUCUACAGCUGAGCAGAAUGGAGUAACGGCAACAUUCACGGCUCUGGAGAAACAGCCCACACCUCCAGGGACCACAGGGGGAUCCAUAAGCACUCAAGCCCAGCUGCAAAACUUCCACCCUGUGAUCAACACACAAAGUCUGGGUCCAUUGCUGGGGAGCACAACGCACAAAGCUCCAGCCAACCACCACAGCACUAGUCCACAGACUGUAACAACUCAGUCCAGUUGUCAGACAUCUCUGCUAGGAGACCCUCCUAAAGAAGUGAAGUUGCCUUCCAACCCAUAUCUAAACCUGGCUAGUGUGCUUCCCGGAGUGGUGCUACAAGCACCCUGCAACAGUAAGCCUCAGACUGUGCAGGCCCACAGUGGGAUGUACAGCGCAGUCCUGCCUUCUGCCACUCACCCACCCAGUCAAUAUAGUACAGAGACCACACCUGCAGAAUAUACUCACCAAUAUACUCAGCAAUACACACAGGAGGCCAUGCAGCAGUGGUACCAACACUACCAAGCACAGACCUACGCCAACACUAGCCAAGAGACAGCAGCAGUUACUGAGUGCACAAAGGAACAACCUCAGGUGGUGGUAACCUCCUCAUACGGAGACUACAAUUCUUACAUGCAUGCUGUCAGUCAGUACUAUUCUCAGACGCAGAUGAGUCAGGCAGCUGCUCAAGUCUACCAGCACCAAGAUAUCAGCAAGGAGGUGGAGGUGUUGAAGACACCCUUGAGUGCUCCUCUGAAUGGCAGUGCCCAGCCCCUGCUAUCCGCUUACAGUGCCCUACCCAUCAUGCCAGGCUUCAUCUCACCAACACACACACCCAGCCCUGCCACACAUACACAUGCCACACCCACCGACUGGAACCAGUACUAUUAUAGUCAAGCUCGAGGGCAAAAGCGAGAAUACCCCACACUGCCUACACAGGAAGUGACAUCAGAGGGGCAGUAUGUAGGCCAGCACUCACAGGGUCUUGGGGGCCAGUAUGCCGACUACUACAAAAAGAAGAGGAUCUAGUGCACACACACGCUUACACACACUCUUCUUUGUACUAAGUUGCUGUUGUCAUGUCCAGGCCUUAACUCUUAGUCUUGUACAACCGUUAUGUCUGAAGAGAUUGUACAUUUUAUUGUGCGUUAGCAGGUUUUUGCCUCUUAUUUGAACCUUAUAUGUGGCCAGGGUACCAGGCAGGACCUCUAAAGAUGGCAGACUCUGAUGCGUUAUGGUAAUUUAUAUCUCGCUUUUUGUGUUCUGCCUGUUCACCUCUCUCACAGGCGGAAGCGUACCAUUCCACUCCCGGGGCGGGGGGGGGGGGUCCGUGUUUCCUUUUAAAACGGUUAAGGGCUGAUAAAGAUUGAGCUACACUCAGAGAAUAACAUUUUCAAAUAAUUUUUCUUGACAGGGUAGGCCAUAGUUGAUGUUUAUUAUAUAUUCUGCAAAAUUAAUGUAUUUUUUACCAUGUACAGACAUUACGGAAAUAUUAUUAAUAUUAUGUCUUGCUUAAUGUGUCAUAUUAUCUUGAUUAUUAAUGCUGGGAAGAGGUCAGCUUUCCGAAACAUACAGGAAAAGCAAAUACUUGUGUGUAUACAUGGCAAGCAGCGUUAGGCAUUGUUCAUAUCUUUGAUGGUUAAUCUUUUAUGUGUCUCUGUACGUACUGCUGUAUUUGUAGGAAAGAUCAGCCAUUUUGAAUACUGCAGGAGCCUUAAAACACAGGGCGCUCAAAGAAGACAUGGCUAAGGCAAUAACCUCUACCAACUUUGAUACAAGGUCACUUUUCUCCCUCAUUGUCAGUGUGGUGACCUUCGCUAAACAGUCAGUGCUACAGUUUAUUUUAUAUAUAUAUAUAUAUAUAUAUAUAAAGGUAAGGGUAAUAAUACAUUUGUAGUAGUAGUAAUAUUCUGCAGCUGGAAGUGUGUCAGGGAGGUCAGAGCAGGUUAGACAGAUGGCAAACUGCCCUGAUCGAACACCCACAUGGUAAUAAUCUAACAUAAUGCCUUUACAUGGGUAUUAGUGCUUCAUUAUACUGACGUUUAAUCUCUUUAAAUCUUUAAUGGGGGAGUUUGUAUUUUUUAGUGACAUUAUACUGCAAAAAAAAAAAAAAAAAAAAUCCUAUUGUUAAUAAAUCUUUCUUGUUUUCCAGUUAAAAUAUUAAAACAGGCUUAAAACAAGAUAAAUAUUCAUGAGAUACAAAACUGUAUUAAAGGAAUGUUCUGGGUUCAAUACAAGUUAAGCUCAAUCGACAGCAUUUGUUGCAUAAUACUGAUUACCACAAAAUGUAUAUUUUGACUCGUCCCUUCUUUUCUUUAUAAAAAAAAAAAAAGCAAAAAUCUGGGCUCCAGUGAGGCACUUACAAUGGAAGUGAAUGGGGGCCAAUUUGUAAACAUUAAAAUACUCACUGUUUCAAAAGUAUAGCCACAAGGUGUAAACAGUAUGUGUGUUAACAUGAUUUUAGUGUGAUAAAACUGCUUACUAACCGUCUCUGUGUAAAGUUUUAGCCAAUUUUACAACUUUGUUGCCAUGACGAUGCAAUGUCAACAAACCCUAAAAUGACUGUAAAAUGGCGAUUUAAACAACUUUACAGCUCAAAUAAUACAUGAGUUUUAACAGAAGAAUUAAUGUAAGUGUUUUUAUAGAAUUAUAAGUUUCACAUUUCUGCCUCUAAACCCUCCAAAAAUUGGCCCCAUUUACUUCCAUUGUAAGUGCCUCACUGUUUUAGUUUUGCUUUUAAAAAAAGAAAAGAGGGAUGAGUCAAAAUAAUUUUUUUGUGGUAAUUAACAUACAUGCCAGAAAUGUGUCAAUUGAGCUGAACUUGUACUGUAACCCAGAAUUCUCCUUUAAGACUUGUUUUCAGAGAACAUCUCUUGGAUAUGUGUUUUAUCUUGUUCAACUGGCAGAUUGUUUUCCACUUGUUUUAACGGGUGUCAUCUAAAUUUAGAGAGCUUUAUUCUUAAAACGAGUGACACAAAUUACUGCCAAGAACAAAAAAAUAUACAUAUUCACAUUCUCUUAAAGUCUUAAAGGAAUGUUCCAGGUUCAGUACAAGUUAAGCUGAAUCAACAGCAUUUGUGGCUUAAUGUUGAUUACCAUAAAACAUUUUUUGACUCGUCCCUCAUUAUUCAAAUAAAAAAAGCAAAAAUUACAAUUACUGUAAGGCACUUACAAUGGGGCCAGCACAUAAACAUUAAAAUACACAUGGUUUCAAAAGUAUAGUCACAAACAUAAACAUUAUAUUGGUUAACAUGAUUUUAGUAUGAUACAGUAACUUUUCUAAACUUAACUGUGUAAAGUUGUAUCUAGUAUUACAAUUUUGUUACGCCGUAAUGGAGGUAAAUCCAUUAUAACACUAAAAUCAUGUUAACAAAUGUUUACAUCUUGUGGCUAUACUUUUCAAACAGUGCUUAUUUGAAUGUUUAUGGACUUGCCCCGUUCACUUCCAUUGGAAGUGCUACAGUAACCACAUUGUUUACUUUUUUAAACAACAAAUGAGCAACACAUAUUUUUUUUUUUUUUUUUUUGUGAUAAUCAAUGCCACAAAUGCUGUUGAUUCAGCUUAACUGUGUAUUGUAUUGUAUUGGUUACUGGUUGGAUGUAGUCUGCCAGCCGAAUGUCUUAAAAGAAGCUGUUGUUUUGCCACUGCAUAGCAUGUGCAGGCUUUUGCUUGGCAUGCUCAUCCAUUUAUGAUUAAGGCUUUGUGCCUUCUUUUUUGUAUACUCUUCUGAAGUGAUUGUCUCUGAUCUGCACUGUCUGAAAGCCAUUCUCUCCCAUCCACAAGGUUGGCAAUAUAUUUGAAGAGAAGGCUCUGUUAUUAUUGCGUCCUAUUUACAUUGCUUUAUUGUGUUAUUGAUUACGACUAUAAAAGACAAUCCCAAAAUUAUGUUGGUACCUGAAGCUCCAAGUCCCACUUUGAGCAUAAAUCGGCACCACUCAUACACAGAGGCCUUUAUUGAUUUAUUUUGGGAGGGAAUACAAGAAAUGCUAAUAAUUCAAAUGUAAAAAGUAAGCUUUUGGUUGUCUUAAGUUUAGUUUUUCGUGUUGGUAAUUUUUGUUAGUUCCUUAAAAAUUAUACUAGUUCCAAAAUGAGAACUCUACAGGCAUUAUAAAGCACAUGUAAACUUUUGUUCAUCUGCUUGAGUUCACAGUCCUGUUCGUGUCCUCCCUCUUCUGUGAUGACUAAAUGUUCUUCUAAAUGUUCCUGCUGUAGGAAACAAAAAAGAGAGCUUAAACCAGCUUAAGCCUAUUCAUGCUGAUAUGUUGUCUGGUUUUGAGAGGUUUUUGGAUACUUUCUGGCCAGGCUGGAAGCUACGACCAACAAACCAUCUUAGCCUGGUUUAUGCUUUUGUCAGUAGGGGGCUCUAAAUGAAAGAAAAUCUGAAAAAGAGAGGGGUAACACUUUAUUUUAAGGGUCCACAAUAAUGUGUUAGUUAAUCAUGAAUAAGACUGUAAUUAAUCUAUAACUAAUUGUAGAGUAAGCCUAUCUUAGCCAUGAUUUACAACUAUUAAAUGUCUUAUUUUGUGUUGAAAAUAAUGUAAUUAAUGCUUAAUUUCAGGAAUCAUAUAUCAAGUUUACUAAACAAUAUUAAGCCAAUGAAUAAGGCUAAUUAGUAUUGGCUUUACAAAGCUGUUACUAGUAAAUUAAUAACAACUUGUCCCCCUUUUCUAAAGUGAAAGUUUAACCUGCUCAAGUUAUGGAUUUGUUUUGCACAUGUUCCAAUUACAAUAAAUUAAGUCAACUGCAAAUACUGUAAUCACCAUUAAAUGUCAAAUUUAAUUGUGUAAUUAAAUGUUUCACUUCAGAACUAGGAGUCAAAUAGUAUUUUAGCAAUUCUUUAGUAACAAUUUAGUCAUAAUUGGGGGCAGUGGUAGCUCAGCGGUUAAGGCUCUGGGUUACUGAUCAGAAGGUCAGGGGUUCAAGUCCCAGCACCACCAAGAUGCCACUGUUGGGCCCUUGAGCAAGGCCCUUGACCCUAUCUGCUCCAGGGGCACUGUAUCAUGGCUGACCCUGCACUCUGACCCCAGCCUAGCUGGGAUAUGUGAAAAAGAAGAAUUUCACUGUAUAUGUGCAAAUGUAUAAUGUGUGAUAAAUAAAGAAAAAUUAUAAAAAAAUUAUAAUUAUAAAAUUAUAAAAAAUUAUAAUUGCUGUCUUAAUAUAGUUCAAUAAACUUAAAAUAUCGCCCAAAAAGUACAAAACAAUAACUUAAACAGGUUAAACUUUCCCUUUAGAACAGGUGGUCAAGUUGUCUUGAACCUUGUGAGACCCCGCACACACAUGCAUGGAUGUCAUAUUUUGGCUUCGCUAUACACAACACAUAAUUUUAAUUGAUUUAAACCGACUGAUCUCAGUUCAGAAGCCUCUGUGGUGUCAGUUAAGGGUUAAUCUUUCGACGCACAGAGUCAUGUGACAAAUAACAUAGGGCCGACCAUAGUGAAACGGCAACAAAACUACAUCUGCUGAGAAACCUAAUUGCGUUUUUACAAUGAAACCUGUUUGAGUCAAAAGAUUAGAGUGUCUAGUUUCAUCCGAUAUGCAAUUUUUUAAAUUUGAGCGAUUUAUCCCGAAACGCCACGCUGCUAAACACGAAGUACACAAAUGUGUACUUAAGCGUAUUAUAAAUCCUAUAGUCACUGUGCAUUAUAACAUUAAGAAUCAAUGGAUUCAUCCAAAAGCUGGAAAGUGUUGCUUCCAGAGGCUAUGGAGUUAGGAUGAAAAUAAGGUGCAUUUAGAAUUGUUCUGAGACCAGUGCAGACAGACAGCACACUGGAGGUUAAGUCAUUUACUAAAUAGGGAGCAUCUUACAACUCUCUAUGCAGCUAAGUGCAUUCAAUCCAGAUUUCUGAUGUAAACGUCUCAAAAACAUGAAUAGCAAUACUCCUGGAAACAAACAAUUUGAUAAAAAAAAAAAAAACAUCUGACUUUCUAUAGCUUGGUAUUAUUUAAAACUUAGUCCCGCUGUCCACAUAUGUUGCCAUACAUUUUUAGGAAAGCUAUUUCUUCUAGAAUUGUUUUAUUUAUUUAUUUAUUUAUUUUUUGCAUGUUUAUUAGGUACUACAAGUUACAAAUCAGAAAGGGAAAUGGAGAAUGCACACCGCUUUGUAAAGUCAGUAGCCUUAAUUACUGGCUUAAUAUUGUUCUGUAAACUUGAUAUACAUGAUAUCUGAAAUAGAACAUUAAUUGCACUACCUUCAAUACAAAACAAGACAUUUAAUAAGUUGUAAAUUAUGGCUAUGAUAGUCAUACUCCACAUUUAUUAAUACAUUCAUUACGGUCGUAUUCAUUCUUAACUAGUGCAUUAUUAUGGACCCUUAAAAUAAAGUGUUACCAAGAAAGGUUUGACAUAAAUUUGUCCUGCUAUUUUCUUAUGAAGCCUAAUAAUGAAGAUGAAUAAUAUCUUGAUAUUUUUCCAGUUACUGUCAAAAGGUGAAGGAUGAGAUAUUGUGCCUACUUGCCUUUCUGUUGACCCUGGUAUUUCUUGAUGGUCAACAACAUACCAAUGUUCCCCUUGUAUCUUUAACUUUUCACCUCUGAAUGUCAAAUAUGUGUAUGUGUGCGCCUGUAUCUCAAAGCUUUGCAAUACUUAAGUGUCUCUUGAUGUAGACGGUAGUCAUCUGUUCAAACAGGCAGGGGUUUCAACACUAGUGUGCUUUGUAUAAAUAUUGCAGCCUGUUUUUGGUUUAAAAAGUUGUACUUCACUUUGAAUUCAGGUUUUGCAAUAUUUUAUAUACUCUAUUGAUAUUGCUUUACUGUGAAUAAGCUAUUUUUAGGAAACAGUGGAAUUUAAGCAUGCAUAUACUUCUGCAAUACAAAACAUUACAUUUUUUCCUUCUUUAUAAGUAGAUGUUACAGAGCUCAAUGCUUUGGGGUAUUUAACACACACACACACAAAAACACUAUUAAUUGUAUUUAUUUAUGUGUAUUUAUGUACAUUUUCCCUUGCUGGAUACAAUUCUGUUGCAAUUCUUUUUUGAUGGAAAAUAGGUUGGGGUUUUAAUUUUGAGCAGAUGGAAUUGUUUUGCAUUCCACAUUAAAGGACAGGAGAAUAA